AUGACAACCUUAACAGGUAGGACUGGAGAAUGUUUACUACCGGGGGAUUUUUUACCUAUAACUCACGAUUACAGUAUUAAUAUUAAUCCAGCUGUAGUACAGGAUGCUGAACAUUUCGCCACGUCUGUUAGCGACAGUGAAUUUAUUGGUGAUCAACGAAGUGAAUUAUCAGAUGUUCAAAACGACUGUUUCAUUAAAGCAAAUGUUAUGCACUCGCCCAGUGAUAUAUGGAAUGAGAAACAACUUAAUAAAGCUUCAUUCCUUGAGUCUACAUGUACAAAGUUAAAUUUUGAUACAAAUUAA